AGGUAGACGCGGAUGUAAACGGUAAACAAAUGGCCUGAUAAGCUAACAACGAGGAGAACUCUUUCCAAAAUGAAGAUAAUGUUAGACUUAUAGUGAAUGUCAUUUACUAUAAUAGCAUUGAGAUAUCCUGCGAAGCGUUACUGAAGCAAAACUGCUGUCAUGAAGUUUUAAAUGAGUUGUACCGGUCGCCGUUUUGCCACGUUGCUACACCUGGUAACUUCAUUUUAACGUAACUUGUGUUUAUCGAUGGAGCAGAAGCUGGCAGAGUUCAGAGCCAGGCGACGUGCUGAGAAUAUGGCUAAAAAGGAUAAAUGUGCCGGUCCACCGUGUAGAACAGAGACAGUAGACGACGGGGUUAAAGCUCCUCGGACUGAUAGAACAACAACAAUAACAGCAACGACACCUGACAGUCAACAGACACAACAGGAGAGAGAAAACAGCAGAGGUUCAUCUCAGAGUUCUCCAAGGAAGGACCAUAGUGACUGGCUCCUGGACAGCUCUGUGGGAAGAUGGCUUGCUUCAAGACAACUUGCCAUCACAAACCUCACUCUGCUCAAAGUGCUGCUGUGGCUGGUGCUGCUCGGUCUGUUUGUUGAGCUGGAGUUUGGCCUGCCUUUCUUCGUCAUCUCCCUCUUCUACUGGCUCUAUGAAGGACUCCGUAGCCCAGCUGCCCGCGAGCCCGGAGAGCUGAGCGCUUACUCCGUCUUCAACCCAGACUGUCAGCCUCUGCUGGGCACUCUCACUGCAGAGCAGCUGGAGGGAGAGAUGGGUUACAGACCCCUGGCUAAUAGAUGAAGUGCCUGUGAUCUGCAGAUUUAUAUCAAAUACAGACAUUUGUGUCCUUUCACUCUGCAGGUGCUUAAAACAACAAUCCAAUUUACUAUUUGUACUGGGCUCCCUUGUGGAUUCUGUUUCUGUUUCUACUUUGAAGCAGUUUAAAGGGUCAAAGAUACUGACCAUCACCGUGGUUUUGGAAUUUGCUCCAUCAAAUCAUCACCGUCACCGAAUGCAAAAAUAAAAUCUGUCUUUGAUAUUGAACUUUAUCGCCAUUUCCUGUACUAAUCAACGUAUGGUUUGUGGAAAAUGUGGGAAUUGUAUUUUGGAUUGAAAUGGGGGGGGGACAAAAGGAACAAGCUGCUUCUAAUUUAUAUGAAAAUGUUUACUUGAAAUAAAUGACUUCCCAAGUUUAAUAAAUAAUUCUGAAGUGUCAAACAGCAUUGCGUCUUGUCUUGACGCCUUGAUAUCACAAAUGUGAGUACAGAUAUUUUUUUGAAAUAUUACUUCGGUAUUGAGUGAAAGUCAAGUAUCUGAUAUUACAUGUACUAAUAAUCAAAAGUAAUUUAAAGGAAACAAGUGUAGUUAAGUAUUGAAAGUACAAGUUAAAGUAAAUGACGCAUACAUUCACACAGUAUCUAUAUGCUGCAUACAAUGA